GUCGGGCGGGGGGGCAAGGAGGGGCGCUGGUGGCGCCCUCGAGCUGGGGGCAGAGAGCCGCGGGGGUUGGGAGGAACUUUUUCCAGAACCUUCCUCUGGUCUGGGGUGCGCUCUGAGCCAGGCGACCACAUACAUAUUCGGAGGAGGCGACCCCCGGGUCGCGGGAUGGAAGCGCGCAUCGAGGCGGCUGAGUAACCGGAGCCGCCGGAGUCCGCGGGCCGGAGAGCGCGGCGGGUCACCCUCGGCUCAGCCCUUGGAUGUUGCACGCCCCCUCGGAGAGUCCCGGCAAACAUGGCGGAGAGCUGGCUGCGCCUCUCGGGAGCAGGGGCGGCGGAGGAGGCUGGGCCGGAGGGCGGCCUGGAGGAGCCCGACGCCCUGGAUGACAGCCUGACCAGCCUGCAGUGGCUGCAGGAAUUCUCCAUUCUCAACGCCAAAGCCCCAGCCCUGCCCCCGGGGGGCACCGACCCCCACGGCUACCACCAGGUGCCAGGCUCGGCCGCGCCAGGGUCCCCCCUGGCCGCUGACCCCGCCUGCCUGGGGCAGCCGCACACGCCGGGCAAGCCCACGUCGUCGUGCACGUCGCGGAGCGCGCCCCCGGGGCUGCAGGCCCCGCCCCCCGACGACGUGGACUACGCCACCAACCCGCACGUGAAGCCGCCGUACUCGUACGCCACGCUCAUCUGCAUGGCCAUGCAGGCCAGCAAGGCCACGAAGAUCACGCUCUCGGCCAUCUACAAGUGGAUCACGGACAACUUCUGCUACUUCCGCCACGCGGAUCCUACCUGGCAGAACUCGAUCCGCCACAACCUGUCGCUGAACAAGUGCUUCAUCAAAGUGCCUCGGGAGAAGGACGAGCCGGGCAAGGGGGGCUUCUGGCGCAUCGACCCCCAGUAUGCAGAGCGGCUGCUGAGUGGGGCCUUCAAGAAGCGCCGGCUGCCCCCGGUCCACAUCCACCCCGCCUUCUCCCACCAGGCCGCGCAGGAGCCCAGCGCCGCCCCCUGGGCCGGGCCGCUGACCGUGAACACCGAGGCCCAGCGCCUGCUGCGGGAGUUCGAGGAGGCCACAGGCGAGGUGGGCUGGGGUGGCGAGGGCCGGCCCGGGCACAAGCGCAAGCAGCCACUGCCCAAGCGGGUGGCCAAGGUCCCGCGGCCCCCCAGCACCCUGCUGCUGACCCAGGAGGAGCAGGGCGAGCUGGAGCCCCUCAAAGGCAACUUUGACUGGGAGGCCAUCUUCGAUGCCGGCACGCUGGGCGGGGAGCUGGGGGCGCUGGGGGCGCUGGAGCUGAGUCCGCCGCUGAGCCCCGCCUCGCACGGGGACGUGGACCUCACUGUCCACGGCCGCCACAUCGACUGCCCUGCCACCUGGGGGCCUCCCCUGGAGCAGGCUGCCGACAGCCUGGACUUUGACGAGACCUUCCUGGCCACAUCCUUCCUGCAGCACCCCUGGGACGAGAGUGGCAGUGGCUGCCUGCCCCCAGAGCCCCUCUUUGAGGCCGGGGAUGCCACCCUGGCCGCUGACCUGCAGGACUGGGCCAGCGUGGGUGCCUUCUUGUAAGAGGCCAGGCCCCGCCCCACCUCCAGACAGUGCCCAAGUCGAGGCCCAGAACUGAUUCCCCAACACAGGCCCGUGGACACCCCCCAGCCCAGGCAGGGGCUGGGCCAGGUCUCCCGAGGCUGGCCCCCAAGAGGCCACACCGCCCCCCCCACCCGGGAUGCCCUCAAAUUCAAGCCCAGGAGGCUGAGAACUGGGGGCUCAGGGCCAGAAUUGCUGCCUGCCCUCCGCCCCCCACAUACACUCAGUGUUUCAUUGAUCGCUGUCUGCCCUGCCCCGGGGACCAACUAAAGGACCCUACACUGUGAAAGCUGAGGCCAGGAGGGACCCCGGCUUGAGGGGGGGGAACAGAGCAGGGCCUUCCAGAGCAUCCCAGCUUCAACGCUGCUCCCCUCCCCCCGCCUGCCCCCCCCCCCCUCUCUCCUCUCUCUCUCUCUCUCUCUCUCUCUCUCUCUCUCUCUCUCUCUCUCUCUCUCUCUCUCUCUCUCUCUCUCUCUCUCUCUCUCUCUCUCGUGCCCUUGCUCUCGCUCUCUCGCCUCUUCCCCAGGUCUCUAUCCAGAGAAAGUUCCCAGGUACAACAGAUGCUAAUUAGGUGACAGCAAAUUAACCCCCUGGAGGCCUCUCCCGGCAAAGCCUCCCUGGGGCAGGGGCCGGCAGUGGCUGGGGCGGAGCUGGGCAGAGACAGGGACAGUUGGGGGGAGGUGGGGGGAGGGAGGCGCAGGAGACAGAAAUGAGGCAGAGGUGCCGGGCUGGGGCAAGGAGAUCUCUACAGCCUCUGGAGUCUUCGCCUGGCCCACCCUUAGUGGGGCUGACGUUGCAAAUCCCUAAUCUUCGAGCCCGACUUGAGGCUGGGAGCAGCGGGAAGUUGGGGUUCGGUGGGAGGGGGUUUGGGGGCAGGGACGCCAAGCUGCCGGGCGGGCAACAGACCAGACUAAUGUAGUGAGUGUAGCUGUAGCUAAGACUUAACUGGAACUUCUAGAACCACGGAGACCAGGAAGGGGGGGACCCCCGCACCCCUGCCUGCACUUCGGGGUGGGGGGUGGGGGCAGUGUCCUGCACCACCCUACACCUCCCAGUCUGGGCCCAUAUCCACCCUCCCGCCCGUGGGGCAAUUUAACCUUUCUCAUGGAAAGUUAUUUACAAUAAAAAAAUUUUAAAUAAAUUUUUUUAAAAUCUGAAAA